GCGCUGACCAUUCGCAAUCGAACUGUUGCCGCGAGCGGUUGGUUGAGUUUUGUUUUCGAUCGUUCAAACUUGAAUUUAACGCGUUUGGAAAUUUUACAAACCAUUUUAAGUGUUAAUUGUAAAGUGGUUUUUUGAUAAAGUGCAUGUAUACAUACUAAACACAUAUGUACAUAUAUACACCGUGAAAUAAUUAUUUACUUUGUUGAUUAGUAGGCGCACAUUUGUAGGCAUAUUGUGUACUUAAGUGCAUUAUUAUUAUUUUUUUGUGAUUUGUUGUAUAGACUUACUUAAAUCUUGUAUUUGUAUGUAUGUAUAUGAACAGACCGGAUUUAAAAAUAUCGUAUAAAAUAAACAGAAGAAAAGUUCAAGCAUAAAUUAAAAGUAAAAGAAAUCGAAAGAUAACAAGAUGACGCGACGGCUUUGUGUAGCUGCGCUUGGACUUCUACAAAUUGUGGCGUUCGUAUAUGCGGCGGGCCACUAUUCAGUUAUCGGACCCGGCACCAUUCGUUCCAACUUCAAAUACAAUGUCGCUGUGUCUGUGCAUAAGGCUGAGGGACCCUGCAAAAUCGAUGUUGCCAUUACAGGUCCCUCGUACAAUGAGACAAAAACCGUCGAAGUGCAGCCAAUGUCAACGGAAAAUGUGGAAUUCAAUGUGCCCACACUAAAAGAGGGCGACUAUAAUCUUACGGCAAAAGGUGUUUCUGGCAUUACUUUUGAAAAUACGACGAAGCUGAAUUAUGCCGACUACAAACCCGCUAUUUUCAUACAAACUGAUAAGGCCACCUAUAAGCCGGGUGAUUUGGUGCAGUUUCGUGUGCUAUUUUUGGAUGCUAAUACGCGUCCGGCCAAGAUUGACAAGCCUAUUACAAUACUGAUUAAUGAUGGCGCACAGAACCGCAUCAAACAGCUGAAAGAUGUGAAGCCGACCAAGGGUGUUUAUACCGGCGAAUUUCAGCUCUCCGAACAGCCUGUGCUUGGCAAUUGGAAUAUCGAUGUACUCAUCGAUGGCCAGAAUCCAGAAACGAAAUCAUUUGAGGUGGCCAAAUAUGUAUUGCCCAAAUUCGAAGUGUCCAUUGAGACUGCCAAAGAUGUGGCCAUUCCUGAUGGCGUCAUUAAGGUGACCGUACGCUCAAAGUAUACCUACGGCAAAGCGGUAAAAGGCAAAGCAUCGGUUUCGAUUAAACCAAUAUAUCACUAUUAUGGCAACAACGAUCACAUGCAAGCAAAUAAAACUAUCGAUGUCGAUGGCAAGGGUCAUGUAGAAUUUGACUUGACUAAGGAAUUAGGCAUAUCUAAAGAACACAGUUAUGUGCCGCCACUUAAAUUAUUGGCCAUCAUGGAAGAGGAACUCACGGGGAAUAAACAAAAUGCCACUGCAACAGUUAACUUACACUCGGAACGUUAUCGCAUUGAGGGCGUCGAUGUGCCAUAUACCUACCAUCCGGGUAAACCGAUAAAAAUUACGGUUGUUGUGAAGAAUGUGGACGGCUCGCCGGUGCGCGAUACAAAGAAUAAGGCAAAAUUGAUUGUAGAUCCACCGCGUAACUAUAUCCUUCGUGGUUUCCGUGGCGAACCGAACGCUGAGGCCACAACUGAAAAGCCAGAAGAUAUGACUUUGGAAUUCGAGUCGAAUUUGGAUGAACACGGCAUGGCGUCUUUUGAGUUUACGCUACCCGAAACUGACCGAUACUUCUCGAUUAAAUGCCAAUUUUUGGAUACAUCAACGUACCUGAAUUCAAUAUCGAAAUUUACACAAACCAUUGAUGCGCCGGAAUUGUUGAAGUUGACAGUGAAUACGGAAAAGCCACGUCUUGGUAAACCCGUUACAGUUGAAGUGAAAUCCAGUGAAAGUAUUCCAUACUUUGUUUACACCAUUGUGGCGCGCGGCAAUAUUGUUAAGUCGGAACACGUAGACGUGCCUGAAGGACGCAAGUCGCAACUCAUUAAAUUCUUGCCAACUUUUGAAAUGGUGCCGAAAGCAAACGUGUACGUUCAUUUUGUCUUCAAUAAUAAUUUAGUCUUUGAAGAGAAGUCUAUCGCAUUCGAGAAGGAAUUCGAAAACUCGAUCGACAUCAGCGCUCAGCCGCAAGCCAAACCUGGCGAUGAUGUGCAACUCCAAAUCAAAACCGAUCCUGAAUCAUUUGUUGGACUGUUGGGUGUCGAUCAAAGUGUACUGCUGCUUAAAUCCGGCAAUGAUAUCAACAAAGAUCAAAUAUUCAAUAGUUUGAGCAACUUUGAAGCCAAUACACCAUGGAUGCGUGGCUAUGGACGCUAUCCGGGCCAAGAGUCUGGUGUGGUAACAAUGACAAAUGCAAAUUAUCCCUACAAUGAUGAGGCUCAGCUUACAUAUUGGACCAUCUCUCCGAUACCAGAAGAAGAGCUUAUUUUCCAUGAUAUUGAUAUUAUUGCCGCAGAAGCUGCAGAAGCCGCUUUUAGAGAAAAUGCCAUAGAUGAUAUAGCAUAUUUUGCGGCGCAUUUACAUGAGCGACGUGUACACCCCCCGAUACAAAUCUUCUAUCAUAUCAGGCCUUUAGCUCUCGGUCGGCCUGUCCCUGCAAUGGCAGCAUUUGAUGGUUUUAUUCCUACAACUUCACCACCAGUGUUUUAUGCAACUACCUCAGCAAGCCCAAUUGACGCAAAUAUAAAUGCAAAGAUUCGUCAAGAAUUUGCUGAGUCAUGGAUUUUCGAUAACAACGACAUCACUGAUGGCGAAAGUUUCUCACUGACCAAGAAGAUACCUGAUACGAUUACCUCUUGGGUUGUUACUGGCUUUUCCUUGAAUCCCAAGAGUGGUUUUGCGCUGACGGCAGAUCCAACGAAAAUACAAGUUUUCCAACCAUUUUUCGUUUCAACCAAUUUGCCAUAUUCGGUAAAGCGCGGUGAGGUCAUUGCCAUACCUGUCAUCAUUUUCAACUACAUGGAAAAGGCUUUGGACGCAGAGGUAGUCAUGGACAAUACAGACAAAGAGUACGAUUUCGUCGAGGCUACCAAUGAGAUUGAGGAUAAUCCCUUGGAUGUGAUAAAACGCACUAAACGUGUGUCGAUUCCAUCCAAUACUGGCAAGAGCGUCUCCUUUAUGAUACGUCCGAAGAAAGUUGGUCAGGUUACCUUGAAAAUAACAGCCACUACACCGCUAGCAGGCGAUGCUAUUCACCAAACGCUCAAAGUUGAACCCGAAGGCGUGACGCAGUACGAGAAUCGUGCCGUUUUCAUUAAUCUGAAAGAUAAACCAGAACAUAGCGAAAAAUUGAGUAUUGAUGUGCCCGCCAAAGCUGUACCCGAUUCCGAGUACAUUGAAUUCUCAGUGGUGGGUGAUUUGUUGGGUCCAACUGUUAAAAAUCUUGAUAAAUUGGUGCGCAUGCCCUAUGGCUGUGGCGAACAAAAUAUGGUGAAUUUCGUACCGAACAUAUUAGUUUUGCGUUACCUGGAAGCUAUCGCACAGAAUAUGCCGGCGAUUAAGGAAAAGGCGAAGAAAUUCCUCGAUAUUGGUUAUCAACGCGAAUUAACUUAUAAACAUGAUGAUGGGUCAUACAGUGCCUUCGGUAAAUCUGACAAAUCCGGCAGCACUUGGCUGACCGCAUAUGUGGUACGUUCAUUCCAUCAGGCUGCUAAGUACACUGACAUUGAUCCCAAAAUUAUUGUUGCGGGAUUGGACUUUUUGGCAUCGAAGCAGGCGCCAAAUGGCAGUUUCCCAGAAUAUGGUAAACUAUUUGACUCCGCGCAUCAGAAUGAGUUGGGAUUGACGGCAUUCGUGCUGUUGGCGUUUCUGGAAAAUGAGGAAUACAUACCUAAGUAUCAGGCAGCCAUCGAAAAUGGCCUUAAAUACCUAUUGGAGAACGUAGAUCAGACGGAUGACCAGUAUGCACUCUCUAUUGCCGCGCUGGCUCUACAAAUUGCCAAGAACCCUAAGGCUGACAAAGCUCUGACCAACCUACAAAGCCUUGCCAAACAAGAGAACGAUCGUAAAUGGUGGUCAAAAGCCGAAGCGCCUAAAAAAGAAGAAGAACCAAUUUGGAGUUGGCAUCCACACAGCAAUGAUGUCGAGAUCACUUCCUAUGUGCUGCUCGCUUUGCUGGACAAGGAAGGUGCCGUGAAUGCUUUGCCCAUUAUCAAAUGGUUAAUAUCUAAGCGCAACAGCAAUGGUGGUUUUGCUUCAACACAAGACACGGUUGUCGGGUUGCAGGCGCUCAUAAGCUUCGCCGAGAAGACCGGCUCUGGUAGUGGUGAAAUGGAUAUCGAUUUUGUUUCAAGCGGCGGCGAAGAGAAUAAAGGCAAUAUUAAAGUGAACGCGGAAAAUUCGUUGGUGUUGCAAACACAUGUGCUCCCCAAGACCACACGGCAAGUCGAUUUCACCGCCAAGGGCAAAGGUUCAUCUAUGGUACAACUAUCUUAUCGUUACAAUUUAGCUGACAAAGACAAGAAACCUAGUUUUCAAGUAAAAACAAAUGUUAAAGAUGAUAAAGCAUUAUUAGUUGUCGAAGUUUGUGCCGAGUACGUGCCCGACAGCGCUGACGGUGAGCAGAAAGAGUCCAAUAUGGCCGUUAUGGAGGUUAGCUUACCAUCCGGUUACACUGCGGAUUCCGAAGGCUUCGAAAGCAUCGAAUCGGUGGAUCGUGUCAAACGCGUCGAAACGAAGAAUUCCGAUUCAACGGUAAUUGUGUACUUUGAUGGUUUAGCGCCACACGAUGCCAAGUGUGUGCCUGUCAAGGCUACCAGAACACAUGCGGUGGCAAAGCAAAAGCCUGCAGCUGUCAAAGUGUAUGACUACUAUGAUAUGAAUCGUCAUGCAACCGAAUACUAUCAAGUGCAGUCGUCGCUUUGUGAUAUUUGUGAGGGCGCUGAUUGUGGUACGAAGUGCCAAGAAGCGAAUGGGCUUCAACGUGCGCAAUAAAUUUAUUGUAUAAAUAAAAAAAUGUCAAUUUUUUUUUUGUAAUUCAUAUUAUGAAAUGUGUGCCAAAUUUUUUGGAAAUUUGUAUAAAUGCGUAAAUUUGUACUAAAGUUACUGAAAACAAAUUUUUGUAAACCAUUAUAAAAAGUGUGUGAAAUAAAGAGAAAUGAAGAUACAAUGAA